CAUCCUGGCUAAGUAUUGAGUUCAAAAAUUCAGAAGGGAACAAGCCAGUGUCUCCAGGAAUUGAGAAAAUAAUGGCCACUGGAUUCUUCGGGGAGCCUUUGAACAACUAUGGGUUUGGAAACCAAGACCCUGGAGACUCACAGCUGAGACUUGUCCUGGUGGGCAAGACAGGAGCAGGGAAAAGUGCAACGGGGAACAGCAUCCUGGGACAGAAGGUGUUCCAGUCCAGCCUUUCAGCAAGAGCUGUCACCAAGGUCUGUGAGAAAGGCACCAUCUCCUGGAAUGGGAGAGAAGUGGUGGUGGUGGACACGCCGGGCAUUUUUGAUCCCGAGGUCAGGGACACUGACACCAGCAGGGAAAUUGCCCGCUGCCUUGUCCUGACCUCCCCAGGGCCUCAUGCUCUGCUCCUGGUGGUCCCGCUGGGCCGCUACACCCAGGAAGAGCACAGGGCCACUGAGAAGAUGCUGAAACUGUUUGGAGACAGAGCCAGGCGAUACAUGAUUCUCUUGUUCACCCGAAAAGAUGACUUGGAAGGCAUGGAGUUCCAGGACUAUUUAAACGAAGCUCCACAGGGCAUUCAAGAGCUGAUGGACAAGUUUGGUGACCGCCACUGUGUUUUCAGCAACAGGGCCACCGGAGCUGAACAGGAGGCCCAGAGGGCACAGCUUCUGUCCCUGGUCCAGCGGGUGGUGAUGGGGAACGGGGGAGGAUGCUACACCAACGAGAUGUACCGGCGGGCUGAGGAGGAGAUUCAGAGACAGACCCAGGAGAUACUAGAGAGAUAUAGAGGAGAAUGGGAGAGAGAGAGAGAGCAGUUGAGAGAAGAGUAUGAAAAGCAGAUUAAAAUCCUGAAGGGUGAACUAGAUCAGCGUGCAAGAAAGACACAAGUAGAUAGUAUCAUGGACAACAGGGAACUCAGCUUUGGUUUUAGGAAGAAAAAAAUCAGAGAGGAAGUUCAGAGCCAGAAUAAGGUGAUUGAUAUCAUCUUGAUAGGGCUAGACAUUGCUUCCUUGGUUUUGAUUCAUUUGUUUAAGGAAUAGUAAACUUGAUCCAAAUCUAUGCCUUUCUACUUUCUGGGUGGCUCUAACUCAUGUAUUGAAUAACUUACCAAUGGCAGGACGCUGUCCCACAGGACCUUGGGACAAAAAGCAUGUAGUUAAAAACAUUUGCUAGUAACUGGGUAAUGUUGUAUGCCACAAGGAAGAGUAACUUCAGCUUUAUUUUCGUGCUGUUCAUGAUACUGCUAAGCAAAAAAAAAAAAUUAUGAAUCCUAUUUUGUGAAUGCUUUCUCAGAGAAAAGAGAAAAGAAAUUCAGGGGCCUGAAUAUGUCCCUAAGUCCCCUCUAUUUAUUCCCAGUUUAAGAAAAAGAAAAACAAGAAAGAGAGAAAGAGAGAGAGAGGGCAAGCUGAGGGGAUAGAUAGCAUAGUGGUUAUACAAAGAGACUUUCAUGCCUAAGGCUCUCGAGUCCCCCACCACCAUAAGCCAGAGCUGAGCAGUGCUCUAGUAAAAAAAAUAAAUAAAUAAAUUGAAAAAAUAAAGAAAGACCAAGAAGGAUGACAGAGGACCUAGUGGGGGUUGUAUUGUUAUAUGGAAAACUGAGAAAUGUUAUGCAUGUACAAACUAUUGUGUUUACUGUCUAAUGUAAAACAUUCAUUCCCCAAUAAAGAAAUUAAAAAAAAAUAGAGUGAAAAUUUCAACAGAGAAGAGAACAAUAUUCAGUGUAUGCAGAUCUAUUUGUAGGAAUAUUGAAUUGUUAAAAAUUUAUUAGAGAUAGAAUUACAGCUUCACUCUGGCACAUGUAAUACAAACUUGAGACUUCAUGCUUCCUGGUUCAAUACUUUGUCCACCUCACCACCUCCUGGGUCACUUUAAUUUUUGAAGAAUUAAUUCAUUCAUUUUUGUUUCUUUAUUAUUAAUAAAUGUGCUUGGUUUUGUUCAUUUUUCUUUGAUCACA